AGUGUCGUGUGCGUUUCUGAGCGAUGCGACACGCGAUGUUCACCUCAGUUGGCGCGAUCAGCCGUUGAGAGCACUUGGGAAGCGUUUCGCGUAACCUUCAACUCACACCAUGGCCGAGGAAGUGAGCGCUCAGUCUGAUUCCAGUCCUCAGAAAGAGGCUGUACCGAAGAAGAACAAGAAGGUCGCCGCCGCCCCAAAGACCGAAGCGAAAAAGCCGACUCAUCCGAAGUAUAGUGACAUGAUUGUCGAAGCGAUCUCCACGUUGAAGGAGCGCGGCGGCUCGAGCCGUCAAGCGAUUCAGAAGUACAUUUUGUCGAAUUUCGAGGUCGGAGGUGAACCCAACGCGAUUGCGGCUCGCUUGAAGGUAGGUUUCAAGAGCGCCAUCGCGAACGGAGCCGUGGUCCAAGUCAAAGGUACGGGCUCGAGCGGAAGUUUCAAACUCGCAAAGAAACCUGCCGCUGCGAAGAAGGUCCCGACGGCAUCGAAAAAGAAUUCGAAACCCGAUGCCGGAAAGGCUCCCAAAAAGAAGAAGCCCAAGGCGGCCGAGGCUGCUGAGGACGGAGGCGACGGCUCGGGCAGCGAAAUGGAGGAGGACGUCGAGAUCGUGACCGAGGAAAAGGAGAAAAAGCCCAAGGCUCCGCCCAAGGAGAAAAAAACAACCACCAAGUCCGCGGCGAAGCCAGUCGCCGAGAAGAAAGCUCCCAAGAGCCCGAAGAGUCCUAAAGUUUCUAAGAGUCCCAAAGCUCCUAAGAGUCCCAAAGCUCCCAAGAGUCCCAAGGAGAAAGCACCGAGAACCAAGAGGAUGAAGGAUCCCGUGGCCUCGGAACCCGAGGAGGUUCCGGUCAAGAAGACGGUCAAGUCCCCAGCCAAAGCCGCGAAAGUGAAGGAACCCAAGGUUGUGAAAGCCAAGUCGAAGGAAGCAGAGCCCGAGCCUGCUUCUCCCGAAGAAAAAUCUGUAUCUCCUGCGAAAAAAGCCGCGAAAACCAAGAAACCCGCCGCUCCGAAAAAGGCCGCGGCCGCCAAAAAAUCGUAAGUGUUGUGACCACGUUCACCGAGCGAUCCUUCCGGCGGACACGCAGACCCGGGGUGGACCUGCCGGGAUCGGCGGGUGGACCCGGAGUGGAAUAAUCGGCUCUUUGACGUCCAUAGUCGGAGGUGAUCUAGCCGAUCAGUUAACCAAGCGGUCACAAUCAUUUAUUUAUCCUUGCAUCCAUCGCUUCAUCGUCCGAUCUGUUUCAUAAGUACCUCCGCACCUUCUGACACGCGCCAGUACACCGCGCGUGCUACUCAUGUUUGCGGAGCGUAGAGCUUUGUCGAACCGCGUCGAUUUGUGAUUGUAGGACACAUUGUAGUCAUCUAUCAGAAAGAUCACCGGUAUUAGUUUUAGCUAACAAGAGAAAAAAGAAAUGCCCAUCGAUGUGUGUCUCUCGGCCUUGUUGAAAGAGCGAAGGAAAAUUGUGAGAGGACUCAUUUCCUCCGUCAGCAUUGCUACCCAGAUACGUUUGUAACUGAUCACGGACCCAACUCGGACUCGGAGUCAUCGUUCUUAAUACUGGCCUGUGAGCAUGAGAAGGCGAACUGAUUUCAACCAGAACGAUGUGACAGCUCGCUCGUCUGGGGAAAUACUUUGUUGUAUGUACAUAUAUAUUCGAAAAAGGACAUAUACUCCCGAUGACAUCCGACGAUGAAGAUUCCGUUCGAGGAAUUAUGAUGAAACUCUCCUAAAAAUAAAUGAGUAGAAAAACUUCCGGGCGUGUCGCAGCUCCUCGUAACGAAAUAAAACAAAACCUUGUCAGAGUACCCCUU